CUGCUUGUGUGCCUGUGAGGGAGGGGUUGUCGCCGUUCUGCUUCUGCCGGGCAAGAAGGACGGCGGGUCGACUGUGGAGGUUGUGUUAUCCGUCACCGCCGUCAAUUCAUACACGAUGGCGGCUGCCAUCGCGGGGUUCCGUGCCUCCUACCAUCGCUUCUUGGACCGGAUCGAGCUCAUUUUGCCGCCACGGCUGCGCCCGAUAUACAACCAUCCUGCAGGUCCUAAAACAGUGUUUUUCUGGGCACCUAUUAUGAAAUGGGGUUUGGUCUGUGCUGGAAUGGCUGAUAUGACUAGGCCAGCAGAAAAACUUAGCACUAGGGGUGUCACAUCACAAUCUGCAGUGUUAAUGGCCACAGGACUUAUCUGGUCAAGAUAUUCCUUAGUUAUUAUUCCUAAAAACUGGGGUCUAUUUACCGUUAAUUUCUUUGUGGGAUGUGCUGGUGGUUCUCAGCUAUACCGUAUAUGGAGGUAUAAUCAAGAGCUAAAAGCCAAGGAGCAGGAACAAAAGCAGCAAUAAAAAUGCAGUUCAUCUCUUCAUGUUUCAUCUGUGAACUCAUUAUUAAGGGACCUAGUUGUAAUCUUGUGCAGUUGUCCAGCAUGAAUUUUUACUAAUGUCUGAGCAUGUUUUUUCUAUAAAUUAGAAAACAGUCUCUUUACACAAAUAAAAUUUAA